AUGACACGCAAGCGAGUGCGAUCGAAGGGAGGGAGCCCGGGCAAGGUCGCCCGCCUCCCUUUCCCCUCCAGAACCGUCUGUUCCAGGGACCAGACCAGCUCGGGACGCCUGGACAGCGCCCUGGGCACAGACGCGCCGACUGCCGAUCCAGAGUUGGCUUCCACCAUGGGUUUCACCGGAUUUGGAAAGAAAGCAAGGACAUUUGACUUGGAAGCCAUGUUUGAGCAAACGCGAAGAACAGCUGUGGAAAGAAGUAGAAAAGUUUUGGAAGCCAGAGAGAAAGAGGAAGAACUGCAAAGAGAGAGAGAAUUAAGAAGGCAACGUGAAGAUGAGUCAAUACCUUCAGGCUCAAGUUUAACCAGACAUCCUUCUACCUCAGCUUCCAGUGACACAGAAAGCAGUGGAAGGGAAGAUGGUUCAGAUGAAGAAUUAAUUGGGCCUCCUUUGCCCCCCCAAACCACUCACAUACAAUCUGAAGAUACAGAUGAACUCAUAGGUCCCCCUCUCCCACCUGGAUACCAGAAUAGUGAUGAUGAUGACGAUGAUGACGAUGAUGAAAUUAACCCUGUCAAAAAAAUUCCUGAUUCUCAUGAAAUCACUCUGCAACAUGGCAGUAAAACAGUUUCUGCUUUAGGUCUGGACCCUUCUGGUGCCCGUUUGGUAACAGGAGGAUUUGAUUAUAAUGUUAAAUUUUGGGAUUUUGCAGGGAUGGAUGCUUCCCUUCAAGCUUUCCGAUCUCUUCAACCUUGUGAUUGCCAUCAGAUUAAAUCACUACAAUACAGCAGCACAGGAGAUAUGAUUCUUGUGGUGUCUGGAAACUCUCAGGCCAAAGUGCUGGACAGAGAUGGCUUCCUAGUAAUGGAAUGUGUCAAAGGAGACCAGUAUAUCGUGGACAUGGCCAACACCAAGGGUCACACAGCAAUGCUUAAUGGUGGUUGCUGGCAUCCCAAGAUAAAGGAAGAAUUUUUGACUUGUUCAAACGAUGGGACUGUGAGAACCUGGGAUGUGAACAAUGAUAAGAGACACAAAAGUGUGUUUAAACCAAGAACACUUCAGGGAAGAAAAGUAAUUCCAACCGCUUGUACCUACAGUAGAGAUGGGAAGCUCAUUGCAGCUGGCUGCCAGGAUGGAAGCAUCCAGAUCUGGGACAGAAAUAUGAGUGUUCAUACCAAGUUCCACUGCAGGCAAGCUCAUGAUCCCGGUACAGAUACUUCCUGUGUGACAUUUUCCUAUGAUGGCACUGUCCUUGCCUCUCGGGGAGGGGAUGAUACUUUAAAGCUGUGGGACAUCCGACAAUUUAAGAAACCCCUUUUUUUUGCUUCAGAUCUUCCUACCUUCUUCUCAAUGACCGAUUGCUGCUUCAGUCCAGAUGAUAAGCUUUUGGUCACUGGAACAUCUGUUAAGAAGGGAGGUGGCAAUGGCAGGCUUGUCUUUUUUGAGCGUCAGACGUUCCAUAAAGUAUAUGAAAUAGAUGUCACCGAUGCAAGUGUGGUACGCUGUCUGUGGCAUCCCAAGAUAAAUCAGAUCAUGGUUGGAACCGGAAAUGGAUUGGCUAAAGUGUAUUAUGAUCCCGACAAGAGUCAGAGGGGAGCAAAAUUAUGUGUAGUUAAAAACAAACGGAAGACUAGACAAGCUGAGAUUUUAACCCAGGACUACAUCAUAACUCCUCAUGCACUCCCUAUGUUCCGUGAACCACGGCAACGAAGUACAAGGAAACAGUUGGAAAAAGAUAGAUUAGAUCCUCUUAAGUCUCAUAAACCUGAACCUCCAGUAGCAGGCCCAGGUCGCGGUGGUAGAGUUGGAACCCAUGGAGGAACCUUGUCAUCAUACAUAGUGAAAAACAUUGCUCUGGAUAAGACUGAUGAUAGCAACCCCCGGGAAGCCAUUUUACGGCACGCAAAGGAAGCUGAGGAUAACCCAUACUGGGUUGCUCCAGCAUAUUCCAAGACUCAGCCUAAAAUUAUUUUUGCAGAAGUGGAAUCUGAAGAUGAAGAAACAAAGAAUGAACCAGAAUGGAAAAAACGUAAAAUUUAAAGAAUUCAUUUUGAGGUCAGAAAGGAGUGGAAAGAGUCAUAGUCAAUUUUUUUCUUUUCUUUUUUUUUUUUUGCAAAUAAAUGAGUAUAUUGAUUCCUAAUAUCAGUUUAAAAAAAAACCUGGAGAUUAAUUAAUUUAUUUGUUAAUUUGUUAAUUAUUUUAUUUAUUAAUUAAGUUGAAAUAAUUUGAAAUUAGCUGGAUUAAAUAAAUAAUGUGAAAUUAAUUGAAUUAGAAUACAUUAACAGCAUACUUUUCAGAUAUGUACUCAUAGGUACAUGAGGUUGAUACACUGCCAGAGAUAGCUCAAUGUUUGGGAGUCUCUGAAAGAAAAUGUGUGAAAAGAGGUUUUAUUCUGACUAUCAAACUGAUAGUCUGCAGAGUCAUUGUGGUGAUCUCAUUUCUGUGUGCUUGUGAAAUCUGGACAGUCUACCAACGCCAUUUUAGGAAACUGUAUCAUUCCCAUUGUUUCUAUUGUUUUAAAUUCUGAAGAUCAUUUGACAAGAUAAAGUGCUGGUCACUGAGGUCCUUUCUGGAGCUCAUCUACCAAUCAUUCAAACUCUACCAUAGAGAGCACAACUUUGAUGGACUGGCCAUGUUGUUUGGAAUAUCAAAUGGUAUAGGUCGAGCGAAUAUAAUAAAGAUGACAUUAUAUAAUAAAAAUGAAAGAUAAAAAUCGAGAAACUAAUCUAUUUAUUUAGUGCUAUACCAAUCAAACUCCCAAGAAACUAUUUUACUGACCUAGAAAAAAUAACAAAAUUCAUCUGGAGGAACAAAAGGAAUAUCAAAUGGACAUUUGCUUGAAGGAUUAUUUUUUACAGAGUACUUAUACAAGGGAAAUGCUCACAUGGAGAUCAGAAGAAAUGAUGCAACGACACUCUCAGGUCUCUCUGAAGAACUUUGGAACUGAUUGGGUGACAUGGAGACACUGAUAAAAGACCAUCUAGCAUGGAAGGUGCUAGGCUCUGGGAGCAAAGCAGAAUGGCAGGAGCUCAAAAUAAACACGAGAGGCGCAAAGUCAGAGCCAUUUCCAUGCCAAAUAUUCAUGUGAGCCCAAUUUGAUUUGACCUUUCUAAGCUUGUACUGGCUACACUGAUCAUUGACCAUUGAUCAGCCACAGUUGGACACGCUGAUCCUUGAUACUAACAUAGUGAUGUCAUCUUGGUCCUUUUUCAGAAGAAAGAUCAACAAUCAACUAACCAACUGAUCUAACUUUCUGGACUUUAUCACUUCUGCCAGUAGAUAAAGCUUGUUCCCUUUUCCAGGGGACUAAUUUCUCUAGUAACUGUAUCCAAGAGGGAGAAUUCUCUGCUAUCUGCCUGGCUUAAGAGAAUACAUACUUAAAGUGAACCUACAGGCCAGUGUCCCCUUUUUGGAAACCUUUUUUUAUCUGUAAUUUCCCUAGCACCAGGCUUUACAUAUAAAAUAUGUCCCCAGGGGUACCAGAGAAACCAUUGCCCCUGGAAUCUUAUAAAUAAAUCUCCAAUGAGAUGAUUCAGGCCAGUUCCAAAGGCCUUGUGAUGAAGAAAGCCAUCUGUACCCAGGGAGAGGAAAGUGAGACCUAAAUGUGGAUCACAACAUAGCAUUCUUACUCUUUUUGUUGUUUGUUUACUUGUAUUUUAUUUUCUUUCUCAUUUUUUCCCUUUUUGAUUUGAUUUUUCUUGUGCACUAUGAUAAUUGUGGAAAUAUGAAUGGAAGAAUUGCACAUGUUUAACAUAUAUUGCAUUAAUUGCUGUCUAAGGGAGAGAAUUUGGAACACAAGGUUUUGCAAGGAUGAAUGUUGAAAAUUAUCUAUGCAUAUGUUUUGAAAAUAAAAAGCUUUAAUUUAAAAAAUUUAAAAAUAAAUGGUUCUCUCUUUCACUCUCCAAUCCCAUGUAUGCCCACAGUGGCUUCUUAGUGGUAUGCUAUCUAGGAUCUUACUGGACUGGUCAUAGGAUUCCUGAGGAUCAGAGAGCCAGAUGUGAAAGUUACAGUGUGAAUAGACCUCAGAAAUCAGAAAAUAUCAAAAAAUAGAACUUGGUUUAUUGUUUUUUUUUAAAUUGUCUAAACUUAAGAAAAUGACAGACAAAUAAGCAAUAAUGCAGAUAAACUUAAAGGUAUGCCAUAAGUAUAUUGUUUUUGAAAGUCAUUGAUUAAACAUUUACCAGCAUAUCCUCGAAUCUAUCCCACCCAUUGCCUUAAUAUCGGGUCUCUAUAUGUAUAGCAAUACUUCCCAUGGGGUCUAGGAGACUUAAGGAUUAGAAAGACAGAGACAAAGAG